CUUUCAGAAAUACAAGGAAAACUUGCUGAAGAAUAUGUUCUUUUUCAUUCUAAUAGGAUAUGUGUAAUAACUUUAGCUCCAAUGCAUCCUAUUCUGACUGAAAAGAAAACAGUUACUUCGGUUGAUUUUAAAAUUGGAGAAGUAAGUCGUCUUCAAAAUCAAGUAUCAGGGAAAUGGAAAAGGGGUGGACAACAAUUAAAGCAACAUUCACAAUUAUGUGAAAUCCAUUGUAAUGACAACUCGGUCUAUGCUGUUUAUAGUUGUGUUUAUGGAAGACUUGUUGAAGUAAAUGAAAACUUGCUUGAGAAACCUCAUUUGUUAACAGAAAAGACUUGGUCUGAAGGAUACAUUGCUAUUGUCUUGCCUCCUCUAGGAAGCAGUGAUGUACAAAAAAAUGCUUUAAAAUAAAAGCUCAAAUUUUAUUUCAAAA